AUGGGCUUAGAAGGUGAUAGGGGAUGCCAGACUCGGAUGGGGUUGCAGGUAGUGGUGCAUAUAUGCUCAAUGCUGCAAAAAGAUAAGUCAGGAGUAGAUACCACAAGAUUAAACACAUACCUCCUUGGGCAUCGAGGCACAGAGUUGAGGCACAAGGUAGCAACGAAACCACAAGCCUUGGAGGAAGAGGGCAGCGAGAAGCAGCAGGUGCAGAUGUGUGCACACCAUGGACCUACAUGGAUGUUCAAGAAGGCGGGACACGAUGUUGUGGAUGAUCAUGUGUUAUCCAGAGGGUACUGGGAGGCGCUGCAAGAGCAUCCAGGAGGAAGCAAGAUCAUAUUUGGGGUUCGGGACGGUUCGCUGUCGUUGAGAUUGUUGUUGAAGGGCCUCAAGCAUAGUACGACUGCAUACAUCCAAGCUCAAAGUGUGCUGGACGUAGGCCACCCCUGGCCACCAGCUGACUUGCGCAUGUACAUGUGUGCUGCUAUGCGAGUAUUUAACCCAGUGCCUUACGAGGAAUUGCAGUUUGUUUUCGGUGCAACAGAGGCAUCAUCUUCUGCUGCCGAAGGUGGCCGUAGUACACCACCAACAGAAUACACCCCCGAACUUGAGACUUCAGAGCUUCCAUACUUUGCUGUCGAUCCUACGCUCCUUGACAAUGGGCAUGAUCCUACGUCGAAGAAGCGUAAGCGUGAUUCACUUAGCUCAGAGCUGGAGGACCACAAUAUGAACAUGCCCACAUUGACGGGUACUCAUGGACGUGCGGGGCACCCUCCAACUCGACAUUUCCAGUCCCCAUUCCUUCCAGCAUCUGAGAAGAUUUGUACAUCAAAUCAAAAGACUUCGAACGUCAAUUGUUACUAA